AUGAAAUUCCACUACUGCCUGGGAUAUAUCCACCAGGUCGCCAGUCGCUGUCGAGACUGGUCUGGGGAAACUAACACCACUGGAGCACUUCGGUCCAGCCUUGAAUUGUCUGCUCAGGCGAGCAUUUGCUCACUAGAGCUAUCGCGCGCUGCUCAAUUAACGCUUGACCGGGAGAAAUUUUGGGUACUAUGCUUCUAUCUCGCAUCGGCUCUCCUGAAUCUGUUUCUUAAAAUUCUAAUAGACCCGUUCGUCCAAGAGAGCUCCACUCAUUUGAAGAUCCUAAAAGAUGCUCCGCUCUUCUUGAGCGAGGUGGACACUCGGCACUUGACCUCCACUGAAACAGAACAUCUGGGCCUCAUUGUUGUAUUCAGUCAAAAGUUGGUCGCCAUAGCAGACGAAUCGACAUCCAAUCGUGGCACGGAUGAGCGAACGGCAUAA